AUGGCAGCAACCGGCGGCGGCAGGAGUACAAGUGAACCUCUGCCUCUGAUUGAACCGGUUCGAAAGAUUCUCAAAUGGCUGCUCGUUUGGUCUCUGAGCAGCGACCAGAAGCUGCGAGAGGCCGAGAAGGAGCUGCUCGAACAUCUGGUCACACCGUGCCAGAAAUUUUACGUGGACAUUGGCGGUGUGGUGGGCAAAUCGGACAGGAUCUGGACACUGGCCAUGAGCACCGAGGACCGCAAGCAUGUGCCACUGGUGGCAUUGCACGGCCGCGGCUCGGGGCUGGGCUCGUGGCUGCUCAACCUGGAUGUCCUGGCCAGCCAGCGGCCGGUCUAUGCCAUUGACAUGCUCGGCUUCGGCCGGAGCUCUCGUCCCAUGUUCUCGGCCAAGGCGGACAUAUGCGACAUGCAGAUGGUGCUGGCUCUGGAGGGGUGGCGUGAGCAGAUGAACCUGCCGCAGAUGAUACUCUUGGGGCACUGUCUCGGCUCCUUUGUGGCGGUCUCUUAUGCCCUGGCCUAUCCGGACCGUGUGAAACACCUCAUCCUGGCCGAGCCCUGGGGCUUCAAGGAGACUCCCUCGCAGGCCCUGGGGCUGCUCAAUAAAAUCUCUUUCCUUCUCAAUCCCUAUUGGAUCCUCCGGAGUGUGGGACCCCUGGCCAGCAUUCUAUUGAACUACACAGAGCCCCAGCCGCAUCUCAAGGAACGGUACCGGGAGCUUUUGGAAGACAAGCUAGAUCACUAUCUGGAGCAGUGUAAGGCAGCCACGCCCAGCGGAGAGUUAGCCUUCCAGACACUGGCCCAGGGAGACGUCUCCAGCCACAUCAGGCGGCACUGGCAUAGCAAAUCGCUGAUGGAACGUACCCACGAAUUGCCCGCCCACCUCGGUUUUUCCUUCAUCGGUGGAGCCCAGUCCCCGAUGCACUCGCACCCCCAUUUGGCCAUCGUCAAAGGAUCGGGCCAUUAUGUGCACCUGGAACAGCCGGAGGAGUUCAAUCAGCAUGUCCUCAACAUUUGCCACACCAUUGAUGACUGA